CAGCCUAGUCCUUCCCUCACAACAUAAACAAUCAUGGCUGACAAGAAGGGCGCUCCUGCCUCUCAGAAAGCCCUCACCAAGGCGGAGGGCGAGGAAAUUGUCCAGAAGUUCCAGCAGCUGAGAAAUGAGCAGCGGUCACUGAUGGCCAAGAUAACAGAGCUGGAGCAGGACCUCAACGAGCACAAGAUCGUGAUCGAGACGCUGCAGGACGUGUCACCGGACCGCAAGUGUUUCCGCAUGGUGGGUGGAGUACUGGUGGAGCGGACUGUGACAGAGGUGCUGCCCGCCCUUAUCAAUAACAAGGAACAGCUGACAAAAGUGAUAGACAGUCUCAAUGUCAAACUGGUGAACAAAGGCAAGGAGGUGAAUGAGUACCGGGCAAAACACAACAUCAAGGUGCGAGGGCAGGACGACAUCAAGGAGUCCCAGCAGCCAGACACUAACACAGGCACCCAGGGAGUCCUAGUGUCCAAUAAGUCCUAGUCCUCCUUCACUACCUCAUGUCCUUUCUGCUUUUCUCUUGGUUUUCGUUCUUUCUCUCGUUCUUUGUUUUCAUUAGUGUGGUGUAUAGCCGCUGGGCCCCAGUGGUGAUGUGAUGUGGUGAGGCAGGGGUCUUUCGGUAAUGUUGGUGGUGUUUCUCAAGGCUUACACAAGGGUUAGUGUCUCUUUGUGUUUGCUGCAAAGAUUGGUUUUGUUUUGUGUUUUAAAAUUGUGAGUGAGUGAGUGAGGAAUGUGGUGAGGUCUGUGUGAGUGCUGCAGUUUGUGCUGUUUCUCUUUCUCUGUUUCAGUUUGUAAGUUUUUUAAUUUUUUUAUUAUUAUUAAAGAAAGAUUGUUUUGUUGGAUUGAGUUUUGUAUUUCCAUCUCAAGUUAUGAUGAUUUUUUCUUUUUCAUUUUUUUGAAGUAAAGAAAGGUUGUGAGAUUAUAAGUGUGGUGUUUCUAUCUCAACUUUUAGGAGUUUUUUGAAGUGGGAAGAAAUUAAAGAAAGCUUAUAUUGUUGGAAUUUAAUUAAUCUUUGUGUGUUUGUAUCUCAGGCCUCAGGAGGUUUUGAAGUCAAGGAGAGUUAGAGAAACUCUUGUGUUAGUAUCUUUGUGUUUCUGUCAUGUUUAAAAGAGUCUUAUAAGUAAUGAAAGUUCAAAAGACAGACUGUAUGGACUGUAACACUGUAACAUCUUAACCUAUUUACAUAUAGUGGUUGAAAUAAUGAAGAGUUUAUGAAGUGAUAAAAGUUCCUUGUAACUGGUAAAAUUCAUGUUCUUGUACUUAAGUUUGUUAGAAUGUCACAAGAUGAGGAUGUGGUUUGUCGUCACUUGAAACAUAAAAGCUGAUGGAGUUUGUGAAUUGGAAAGUAAGACAGUGAUUUUUAGUUGAUGGCAAAAUGAAAGCCACUACAAUUUAGGGAAAAUUAGGAAGACUGGUAUUUUUAGUGAGUUUCUUGAAAUGAGGAUGCGUUUUGUGUUAUGUUGUCACCUUGAAAUCUAAAAGCUGCUAGUAGAGUUUGUGAAUUGAGAAAAGUAAGACAGUGAUUGUUAGUUGUUGAAAUGAAACCCACAAAAAUGUAGGGAAAAGAAGGUGACCAUUUUUUUUUAGUGAGUUUCUUGAAAUAUAAAAACUGAUGGUAGAGUUUGUGAAUUGAGAAAGUAAGAUGAUGAUUGUUAGUUGUUGGUGAAGUGAAAACCACAACAAUAUAGGAUUUUUUUUACGAGUUUCUUGAAAUAAGGAGGUUUGUUGUACUGCCACCUUAAAAUAUACAAAUGCAGGAAGUGAAGAAAAACCGAUGACAGUGAAAUGAAAGGUACCAGAGUUCAUGAAAAAGAGGAGGAAAGCUUUUUUUGUUGCUGGUGAGUUUGUUGUGGUGCCAUUUUGAUUUAUAGAAUGGUGAGGAAGUGGAAGUGAGGAAAGAUGAUGAUGGUGAUGGUGGUUGAGUUUAAUGAAGUGAACAGUGAUGAGAGAAAGCAUUUAUUUGAAGUUUGUUGUGUCAUCUUGAGAUAUAGAAUGGUGAGGAAGGAUGAUGGUGAUGGUGGUUGAGUUUAAUGAAGUGAACAGUGAUGAGAGAAAGGAUUUAUUUAAAGUUUGUUGUGUCAUCUUGAGGUAUAGAAUGGUGAGGAAGGAUGAUGGUUGAGUGUAGUGACGUGAACAGUGAUGAAGGAAGGCGUUGUCACCACUGCCAUGCCUUGGUGCUCCCCACAGGCACACACAGGGCCAUGAGAUGUGUCAAGGUGCCAUCUUGUCCUCACUAACCACACCCAAUGACAAUCUGAAGUCUAAUGAUCAUUACACCGCACCUUUGUUUUUUUCCUUCAUUUUCUAUUGGCACCUAAGCUUGGGCAACGUGGUGGCAACCAUGUUAGGGCUACAAGUUGUCUUUCCUUAACCAAUCAGUGACUUUCAUGAGUACACUUAAGUUUGUAUCGCUUCCUGUGGGGUGAUUCAGUAACUUUAACUUGUAACACCACUUGUGAUAUCUCUGAACCUCAUUUUAUUUGUAUGUGCUGUGGCUUGUAUUAAAUGUCACCCUCCUUGCUCUCUCCCUCCCCCCUCUCUCAUUUCCUCCCUCCCAGGAUCCCCUAGUGAAACGUUCUAUGCUUCAUCUUUUUGUAAAUCGCUGUGAACAUUGUACUAAGGCUUUGUACCUCUGUAUAUACUUGACGGGGUGUUGUGAGUCGCGCCACUGUAGCUCUGCGCCGCACGGGAUGUAUCUGGAGUGUAACGAGAGUCUGCUGCGCCUCACUUGUGCCUGAUGGUGUGCUGGAGUGAGCUGGGAGUUGCUAGAAUUUUUGUGCUGAAAGUUUUAACACAUAGAAAGACUUAAAGGAACAGUAUAUAAAUUUUGGUAAGUGAGAGAAGAGAGACAAACAACAGGAGAAAAUAAACUAUGAAUGGGUUAUAUAUUUUAGUUAAUAAGAGGAAAGAAAUAUAGAACAGUACAUAAAUCUGGGUUAAUAAUAGAAAGGAAAAAAAUAUGUAUAUGUAAAUUUUGCUUAUUAAAGAAAACUGCACAAAUUUAGGUUAAAAAAACAAUCUACAAAUUUAAGUUACCAAAAGAAUAGGAAGAAAAUACCCUACAAGAUAAAAGAAAAAGACCGAGAGAAGGAACACACGAGGGAGUGCUGGCAUAAAGGCUACACCCACCAACAACUACUAAGUAGUGAAGUGCAGGGAAGUCUCACCACUCAACUUGCCCCCAUCCUCCCCCACACACACACACUAUGAGUCAGGAAGGCAGAGUGUGUCAGUGUGUGGGUGUGGAUCAGGAAGGCAGCUACACCGAUGCUCGCCAGCCAUGUCUCCACCCCAGCACACCUCAGCUUGGCCAGGUGUGGGCAGCGGGGCGGUCUGUAGUUCCUCAAUGUUGAAUGGUGCACACACUCACAGCAAUGAUGGCUGGCCUGUGCUGCGGCUCCCGGGCAGGGCUGCUUCCCAGCCCUUGGUUUGCACGCGAAGCGCUCGCCGGCUGCCGUGGGAGGAGCUGAAGAAGGCAUUAUGUCUCAUUUGCAUGAUUCAAGUGAUAUUAAUAAAAUUUGCUUUGAUUUUGAAGCUCAUCAA